AGCUGGGGCUGGCGAGCUUAGCUGCUCCAGGUCUCGCGGCGGCGCCUCCGAGGGACCCGGGCCGCGGGGUGGAGGCGGGAGGCGCGCGGCGGAGUCGCUUGGCGAUGGUGGGCGUCCCUGGAGCGGCCGCCUUCCAGAUUGGUGCUGAGAAAAGAGUGCCAGCAAUGCCUGGAUCGCCUGUGGAAGUGAAGAUACAGUCAAGAUCCUCACCUCCCACCAUGCCACCCCUCCCACCAAUAAAUCCCGGGGGACCCAGACCAGUGUCAUUUACUCCAACAGCAUUAAGCAAUGGCAUCAACCAUUCUCCUCCCACCUUGAAUGGUGCCCCAUCACCACCACAGAGAUUCAGCAAUGGUCCUGCCUCUUCCACAUCAUCUGCACUAACAAAUCAACAGUUGCCAGCCACUUGUGGUGCUCGGCAACUCAGCAAGUUGAAACGCUUCCUUACCACGCUGCAACAGUUUGGCAAUGACAUUUCACCUGAGAUUGGGGAGAAGGUGCGGACUCUCGUUCUAGCGCUGGUGAACUCAACAGUAACAAUUGAAGAAUUCCAUUGCAAGCUCCAAGAGGCUACAAACUUUCCUCUUCGUCCUUUUGUGAUUCCAUUCCUCAAGGCCAACUUGCCCCUGCUGCAGCGAGAACUGCUGCACUGUGCUCGAGCCGCCAAGCAGACCCCGUCCCAGUACCUGGCGCAGCACGAGCACCUUCUGCUCAACACAAGUAUUGCAUCACCUUCAGACUCUUCAGAGCUGCUCAUGGAAGUGCAUGGAAACGGAAAGAGGCCCAGUCCGGAGAGGAGGGAAGAAAGCAGUUUUGAAAGAGAAACAAUUCCUCCCGAGCCUCCUGCCAAGAGAGUGUGCACCAUCAGCCCUGCUCCCCGGCACAGUCCUGCCCUCACUGUGCCCCUCAUGAAUCCUGGGGGCCAGUUCCAUCCUACUCCUCCACCUCUUCAGCACUACACGUUAGAAGAUAUUGCAACUUCACACCUGUAUCGUGAGCCCAAUAAGAUGCUAGAACAUCGAGAAGUUCGUGAUAGACACCACAAUCUCAGUCUAAAUGGAGGCUAUCAAGAUGAGUUGGUAGACCACCGUUUGACAGAAAGGGAAUGGGCUGAUGAAUGGAAACAUCUCGACCAUGCUCUGAACUGCAUUAUGGAAAUGGUAGAGAAGACAAGGCGCUCCAUGGCAGUCCUGCGGCGCUGUCAGGAAUCUGAUCGCGAAGAACUCAACUACUGGAAAAGACGCUAUAACGAAAACACAGAGAUGAGGAAGACGGGGAGCGAGCUGGUCUCCAGGCAGCACAGUCCUGGGAGUGCAGAUUCUCUCAGCAAUGAUUCUCAGCGAGAAUUCAACAGUAGGCCAGGAACAGGAUAUGUACCUGUGGAGUUUUGGAAAAAAACUGAAGAAGCUGUGAAUAAGGUGAAAAUUCAGGCCAUGUCGGAAGUACAGAAAGCCGUUGCUGAGGCAGAGCAAAAAGCCUUUGAAGUGAUUGCAACAGAGAGAGCUCGGAUGGAGCAAACCAUAGCGGACGUCAAGCGGCAGGCUGCGGAGGACGCCUUCCUCGUCAUAAAUGAGCAGGAGGAGUCGACAGAGAACUGUUGGAACUGUGGCCGCAAGGCCAGCGAGACCUGCAGUGGCUGCAACAUCGCACGGUACUGCGGCUCUUUCUGCCAGCACAAGGACUGGGAGCGGCACCACCGCCUCUGUGGCCAGAACCUGCACGGCCAGAGUCCCCACAGCCAGAGCCGGCCACUGCUUCCUGGAGGGAGGGGCUCCUCGGCCAGGUCCACCGACUGCAGCGUGCCGAGCCCAGCUCUGGACAAGACCUCGGCCACCACCUCACGCUCCUCAACACCUGCCUCUGUGACAGCCAUCGACACCAAUGGACUCUGAGCCCCAGACUCCCUUCCCUCUGAUGACCUCACAGCAUGGCAAACAAUGGCACAGGGGGCCUGGCAGUUUGAACCAGUGCAAUUCGCUGUGGGUCAUCGCACCGAGUGCAGUGGAGGCAGAAGAGGGAGAGCCCAGCCAGCGCUGCUCCGCAGCCCCUCCGGACGCCUGCUCGCUUCCCGUGUGUCCUUGCGGGGCGGGGGCUGGUGUGCCAUUCUCUGGGCACACAGGCAGCUAGCCAGAGCCACUCCUCCUCCCUUGGCUUCCAUGUUUGUUCCUGUUCCCGCUGAAACUGGCGUGGCCGUCCCCUUCUCAGUAGAGACCACCAGCUCCUCUCCCUGCCUCUUGAGGCAGCAGACCGCCAGAGGUGCCCGGCUGGGCUGGAGGGGGCUCGCCCCACGCACUGCCACCUGCUCCACCGCCCUCCCGUGGCAGAGGCCUUGAGGCUGACAGCGGGCUGUGGAGGAGAUCCCCUCCGACCGGGGUGGCCCCUCUUGCCCUGGGCUCUUUAGCCGCAUUUCCACCUUCAGCAGAUGCCACGGGUUAGCCCCACCCGGACACGGGUAGGCGGAAGCAGCACUCAGGACCCUCUCCUCGACCCUGCUGUUCAGACUUGUUAAGAGUCAGAGAUCACAGGAAAUAAGUCACCAUUUCACUAAAAGCACCCAUAAUGAUGAAAAACAAAUAAAAACUUCCUCCAAGCAUCGCAGAUCAUUUUGGACAAGAUUUUCCAACCUGGCUUGCUACUUUAGUUUGGGACUCAUUUUUUUCUCUCUUACUUGAUUUUGCUUAUGCAGAAAUAGUUUCCAGCGCAUGGAUUGGUCUGAGGGAGAAUGAGACUCAACGUGGAUAGUCUGUUCUCUCUGAGCAUGUUGGCCAAACUAGUAUCGUCAAACCAUUGAAUGGAUUAUCUAUUGGAAAUGCAGAACCUUUUGUCACCGCUUGGCUGUUUGCACAGUCGUCUUGUUCUGUGUCCCUUUUAUCUCAGACCGCGCGUGUCCAGAUCACUGUGUGGAUCUUCUCGUGGUCUCUCUUUGGCCCCUGUUGAGCUAUGGUUGUCCCGUAGGAUGUGAUGUGCUGCGGCCUGGACCUGCCUCAGCAGUCAAGGCCUGCUCACAUCUCAGCAGCCUUCCUGGACCUGAAAGAAUUCUUCAGACCGCGUCCAUAGUACAUAGGAUGUCAGCUUAGUAUCAGGCAGACAGUCUCGCUUUCCCUUAUAGUAUCCAUUUGAUAUCUUCCCUCUCUGAGCUAAGAAAAGUUCUGUGAGAUGUGACAACCAUUUUGAGAGAGGCUCACUAAUUUUUCUUCCCAUCAUCAGGGAGUUUUCCAGAUUCUUACCUGGCUCUCCAAAUGUGACAUUGUCUAUAUACCCCUUUUAAAAUAUUAGGAACUGACACACAUAUUCUCCCGUGCCAUUUGUGUUUUGUUGGGAUCCCAGGACCCUGACCCUCUCACCUUCCACCUCCAAGCCUCUAGCACCCUCUUGCCCCAAAAAAUCGGUUGGGGUGAGUUGGUUGGCCCUGCUCCUGCUGGCCCAUGAAAGCCCAGCUUUAGAUGGCUACCUUCUGUGCGCUGACCAGAGGGAAAUAAAAACUCUGCCUCGUCAAGGAAAAAGGGAUCAGUGUAGUAGCGUUGUCCUCACAUACAAGUGUAUUUUACUGCAGGAACUUUUACGUCCCUAAUUUACCUAAAGCUUUUCUGUGUUACAAAGGAAUUCAGUGCCAGGCACCUUUAAAAUACCUGGGUUCCCAGUGCAUAAAGUAAUGUUAUUUAUUCAUUAAACUGGAACUCCUUAAACUGCAGCAGUUGGUGGGGCAUCCUGACUUCAACAGGAAGGAAAUUAGUACCCGGGGCAGGACUAGCCUACAUUUACAUGAGACAUGGGGUGUCCCGUGAGGAGGUCAUGGAGCCUGUAAAAUCAGAGCAAGCGGGUAUCUCGCUAUCUCGUGGUACUCAUUGGGUCUGUUCCAGGUCACUGUCUUUUCAUUGGCGAGAUGAGCACCUGGACAUGUUCUUUAUAGCUUCAGGUGGCUACAGGACUAGCCAGGGCCCACUGUCAAUUUCUGUAGCUAAGGUUUCAGUUAGUGUGCGGGUCCUAGCUGACUGUUGUGGGUUGUGGUUCUCCUGACAGCCAAGUUGGCAGCGUUGCUAUGAUGCUGUUCUUGACCGCUUUGCUCACGUGCUGCCCGGAAGCCACGUUGAAAAACUGGGUUCAUAGUCCACACUGUAGUUCUCAGACUUUCUGCUGUGUUCAUUUUGGUCACUUUCACAUCUAGGUUGAUCGGGCAUCUGACCAAGACUUCCCAUUUAGUUGUAAAGAACCCCUUUCUUCAGCUCCCUCCUGAAAUUCUCCUGCUAUAUCUGGUUGGGAGGAGGGCCACUGCCUUGGGGCGGGGGCUGCAGGGACAGGGGUGACUGAAUCCAGCUUCCCCACUUGGUCUCCAGUGUCUGCUCACCAUCCCAGCCACCAGGCUUGGAGUACAAGUUCAGGCUUCCCACUUUCAUCUAGUUAGACUUACCAUAUCUCGAUACAGUCGGGCUGCUUAGAGACCAGUCUUUAUAGUUAAUAUUUGGGGGGAGGGGGAGAGAAAAGACAGAAGGGAUGGGAGGGGUGGUACUGGAGGUGUCGUCAGGGCAGUCCCAGGCUCUUCAAUAUGAUCGUAGAAAUGAAAAGCGAGUGUGACGUGUGCCUGCCCACCCAUCAGAGCACAUCUGGAGGAUGAGGCCAGUGCUCAGCACCACCCACUGAGGAGUGAUGGGACUUCAUUGCCCUCCGCUUGCGGGAAAUGUUUGCAGGAACCAGAGAAGGCCGGAGUAGUGGCCAACCCAGGAGCCAUCUUUAAAUGUUCUGAGGGAUGGCUGAGGGCUGAAUCUUCAUACCCUCAGACCCCCUUUGGGUCCCCACCACCUGCACCAUGCCUGACUGCCCAGUGGUGAAAAUGGACUCGAGAAGUUGGUUCAUUCCACCUGAUCAGGAAUAGGCACCCCACCCUGUGAGCUGCGAGUGUGAAUGGGACUUCCACUGUGGAAGGUCCCUGCAGCUCCAGGGGUGGGCCUCUGGCAGAUGUGCUCAGGCAGUCACGUGAGCCUCAGGUCACAGAGCGAGUGGAUCUUGGACACUGCUGAGCCCUACAUGUCUCAGUGGAUCGAAGUCUGGAACCCAGACGCAUCUACCUGGCACAGAUUGGUGUCAUGUUGGCUGCAGUGUGGACCUCCUUUGCCCAUCUGGGCUUACUAGUCCCCAGGAACUCCUCACUUCUUGUUGUCAACACGAACAUCUUCAGCUUCUAGACAGAAAAUCUACAUUUUACUCUCUAUGGCCUUGUUCCAAAGUCAGAUUGAACCCCAGGGCUGUCUCCUGCUUGAAAGGGUGUAGACCUUAUUCUGGAUAGUUCCAGAAGCUAUCUCAGCAAGUGGAGUUGAAGGUUCAGCAAGAUUAUUGGAAUUGGUGUGGUAGUGAUUUCUUCAGAACGAAAGCAUAAAUAAUGACCAGGUAGCCACUUGUCCUGGAAACUGUAGAAGGGGUUGUGGAUUGAAUAAAUCAUUUAGAAUACAUCGAAGCUUUCUUCAGAACUGGUGUCAGAACCAGGUCAGUAGACCAAGCCAACUUAGUUUUGUUUUUUGGGGUUUUUGGUUUUUUGUUUUUAAGCUAUUUACAGAGAACUGGGUGGUGGCAUGUUUGAACCAAAUGUAAGAAAAGCCACAGGGACCUGGACUGUGCCAGCAUGGGCCUGACGGCCAGGUGUCCGGGAGGGGUCUUGUCUGGGGUGGGGAGUGGGGACUGGGCGAGCCAGCCCGGAGUGUCUAGUUCUUAUGAAACCAAAACAUUGACAGCCUGCCUCUUUGCCCACAUGCAUUGACAUGCUCAUUUCCAAAGAUGAUGGUGCAGGUGACCUUUUCCAUCGUGAGCCAGACGGUUGGGAGGCCUGAGGGUGGACCUUGCAUCCCCCUUCUCCACAACCCCAGAAAUGGCACUUCCCCUGCAGACCCCAUCUGGUCAGGCCCACGACUGCCCAGUGUACACUCGCUGAUGCUUAUACCAAAUAGGGCAUGUGCGGCUGGCGGCUGGCGGGGGCAGCCCCGUCCCGCGUUGGAGUUGGCAGAGAAAAGCAGCAAUAAGCAUUAGGUGAAUGAUUGAAAGUGCCAUUUGGCUCAGCGGCCUUUGGUCUACUUCCACGGCUUUCCAAGUUCCUGAUGAGGCUACAAAAGCUCCCGUCCAUAAAAGAAAGCCAAUAAUGUAAAUAAAAAAACUAUGCCUCCAACCGUGGAUUUUAAAGGGGGAUGAUGAAUGUGAAACCACCCACAGGAUGCGGUAGUCUGGUUUUUCUGUGCUUGGUCAUUUUACUCUGAUAGCAAUUUUUGUUACUUAACUCUGUGCAUAACUUAUUUAAUGUACUGUAUAAAUGAACCAAAACUGUUAAAUAUGUAUUUAGUUUGUUCUACUUAAAGUAGUCAAUAAAAAGGCUAUAUUCCU